UUCGCAAACAAAACACAGCUGAUUACUCAUUAUCGUGGUAGGAGCUGAACUUCGCGGAUUAGAGUGAAAUUAAAAUGAUUAAGCGUCCGUCAAAAAACGACAGUGAGAAUGACAUCCUGCAGAUGCAGCAAGAUUUCUUCGCCGAAACGAAUCGGGAUACCAGCUUUCAACCAGCUGCCAAAGUUGUUCGUGUUGAGCGUGAAAAUGAUGCCGAUUCCAAUGGAAAAGAUCAACGCCAGUCGGAGUUUGCUCGUCGACGCAAUCUUAAAAGAGCUCAACAAACUGAACCAGUUCGAAAGGAGUUGGUUCCGGAAAAUACGAUCAUCGGGGAGAUUGUUGAAAAACAUCCAUCCGUGGUAAUGGAGCCGCCUGAAGAAGAAGAAGCUAAUGUAUCGAAACAGGCUUUUCCUAAGCCAAUACCUUUACAAGGCCUUCUGAAAGAGCGGACUGGAAAGAAGAGUUUGUUCGCUCAAAUGUUUAACAUGAAAAACGAUCAAGUUGAAAAUAGAAAAGAAGUUCGGUUUGGGUUGGGUACUGAAAGUGACGAUACGGUGGAUGUCGAUGCACAGCAGAUUCAUGAGGAGAAUUUACAAAAGUUGAAUCAGAUGAGUGAGGAUGAAAUCCUGAAAGAGAAGCAAUAUCUCAUGAACACAAUGGAUCCUAAACUGCUGGAAUUUUUAAAAUCCAGAAACAAAAACAAUGCUCCUAAUCCAAAGCCUCAAACAGCUCCAGCUGAAAAAAUUGAGGAAAAAUCGGUGGAGACUACUGAUCUUGAUGUGCUGAAGCUUGAAGGCUCGGAUCAAUGGAUAAAUUUUGACAUUUUAGAACCGGAAAAACUGGAGUGGACUAAGAAUAUACAGAAAAGUUUGAAUGAUUUGAAACCGGGAGAAUCGUUUGAGGCAAGAUUUGACUGGAAGGGAACACUCCAGCCGUACACCGUCAAAGAACAAGAUGCCAAAACGGACGAUCGUGAGCUUUACCUUCACGGAGAGGAUGCUGAUCGGCCGGGUUAUACUUUGCAAGAGCUGUUCCGUUUGGCCAGAGCCAACGUUUUACAGCAAAGAAUCUCAGCACUCAAUGCAAUCGCUGGAAUAUUGAAUAUUUACAAUCAAGGCUUUUAUGACGGUGUGCUGGAGCUUCCUAUUUCGAAAAUAUUUUUCUUUUUAAGAUUUGCUUUGGAUGAAAAUACGCCGGCUGUAGUGGAAGCUGCUUCCCGAGCAUUGGCAUCAUUAUUUUACAACGACACGGAUGAAACAUUGCUGGAUACUAUCUAUGAUACGAAACUAGGUAUCUAUCAACCGGAAAUGGGAUUGAAUGUAACGCACAGUCGUUCGGAGAAAGAAGAAGAACGUCAGAAAAAUCUCGAGAGUGGAUUCAAUUCUUUGAGUCUAAAGUCCGGAAAUCCACGAAGUAAAAGCAAACACCAAAAGGUUAAGUUUGAAGCUCACCUGGAUGACGAUCCGGACGAUCUGGCUAACCGAGAAACGAUGAACGAUUUUCAUCUGGCCGAAACGGAUCUACUGGAGUGUUUACUGCGCACCAACAUUCUGGAACGUAUUCGGUAUAUUUUGUUCUCGAUGCGUCCGGAGGGAACCACCGCCAUUAGUUGCACUAAGCUGCUGAUUCGGCUGGCCAGAACCAACGGUACGAUUGCGGUAAAAAUUGCUACCAACGAGCAGUUAAUGGAAGGAUUGAUCAAGCAAUAUCUCGGUUCGAUUGAGGCCCAGGGAAAACACGUGCCGCAUCAUUUAGUAAUAAAGCUGUUGCGGGUUUUAUGUUCCCAUGGGAAUGAUUUUUACCAACAGUUUCUCAAUCGGUUUCACGUGGUCAGUUUGUUGAAGCGGUACGUUUUUACCAGAAGUGACAUAAAUAUUCAAUUGAUUCUUGUUCAAAUAGAAACAUUUCGUUUCAUGCGUUUGCAGCUGAAGUGUAACCGGGAUGAUCAACUGUAUCGGGAUCUUUUGCCGGCGCUGUUCUACCUUAUCGAAUGGCACUAUCAACACCUCAGCAUGGACGAGGGAGGACCGUUCAUCAUCCGUCAGCACGCAGCAUCCUUGUUAGCACUAAUUGACUGUGACUAUUUGCAAGCAGCAGCCGCAGCAGUUGCAGCAGGAUUCACCCCGCAGAACUGUGACCGAUUGUUUGCCUGUUUCUGCAAGUGGUUCAAUGCAGCCACGAAGCAUGGUCUUGAAGAGUUCUCCCAGAAACUGCUGUUGGGGGUUUGUCUGAAUGUGGCUGCCAAGGUGCGACCACUGGCGGUGAGCUGCUAUCACAAUUUUGCCAAUGGAUAUUUGCUGCCGUACAUGAAAAGUCACAAAUUUGAUAGCCUGAUGCAAGAACUGAGCAAUUCACACCUCUUGAAUCCUGUAGCAGUGGAAGAUAGAAGCGCAAAAAAUUCCCCCCUCCCGAAUCUCGGUGGAAUUUUGGUGAAUGAAAAUCACCCGACGAGUGCACCCACGCUGAUUCUGGCAAAGUCGUAUCCAGUGUUUUUGCUUCACGCCAUGCUCGAUUUCUUGCGUCUGCACGCGGAACACAACCGACAGCUGUUGGAUUUAUUUAUACACAACAGGCACCACUUUAGUUAUCUGUCUAAACUUUCCGGCACGGUGACGGCCAGCUCCGGCAUGAGUUCCAAAUCGAUUACCGCGGCCCACCGUAGUGGAAAGGCGACAACAAAUUGGUUUCUGAAAGCCGAGUUAAAUUACCUUUUGGACGUGUUGGCACUCCUGGCCGAAAACCGUUCGCAUGGGAAAACGAUCUCCGAUUCACGAUGCGACGAUGAUAUCGAAAUGGCCAGCAGCCCCGAUGUCGGAAACGUUCGACUCCAGUUGUCGGUGGCUUUUAAGGUAUUACUGUAUCUUAGUGAGGAGUUUUAUCCGGAAAUUAUCAAACUAUUUGAUCAAAUAAUUUUCGCCAGCGAUUCCUAUUCGAGCGAACAGAUUGUGGCGGAAGAUCUGCAACGGUGGAAAUUUAAUUAUAAAGUGAAACUUAAUUCACUGGUUACUAAUGCGGUUAACCUCUCGGAUUCGCACCGCAGCUUCAGCGUUGUGGGAUGGCGAACGUCACUGCUGCAACCCACCUGGCCCUACUCGUUGCUCUACUACCUGUUGGAAAAACUCGAGCAAGGCAAACCGCAACUGGAACAUUUCACCGAGGAGCAGAUCAUCAAAACGUCGCUGAUGUUUUCCGAACUGGUGGAAAACAACUUCAUCCUGUUGGCAACGGUCACCGAGAAACUGAUGUACCAGAUGACAGCUUUUCUUGGACCGGACUCGAAGUUUCUCGACGAUCAAAUUUCCACUCUUAUCACACGCCGCAUCGAUGCUCUGCGGACCGAGAUGAGCGUUGCCGGGAAAAAGUUUGAUUUUGAAACCCGACUCGAAGAAAGGAAAAGCUAUCACGGACUGUAUCAGCUGGUCUUGGAUGUUUUCCAGAGUUCCAGCUACGGUCAUGCUUCUUUCAGUGCGUUGGUCAUGGUUCCACUGGCGCAAAAGUAUGAUAUCCAGUGGCGUAACCUUGUGUGGUCAGAACACGUUGCCGUGCUACGUUUCAUAACCUGCAGCGAACAACAGCUUUUUGGUUCGAUCGAUGAGUAUAGACAACCGACAGAGACGGAUAUUACAUUGAUAAAGUAUUACAGCCAAGCGUUGAACUCGAAUCUACUCCGACCGGGGUCAAUUCCAGCACAGAUUGCUGCCCAUCAUGUGCAGGCUUAUCGAGCUAAGGUAGACAGGAUGAAACAUUUUGAUGAUGGUGAUAAAUAAAAGCAAACAAAUUUGUUCUA